AUGGUAUAGCAUUUUAGUAAGAAUUGGGAUCCAGUAAAUCAAUGAUCGGGCGCGAAGGAAACGAAAGUUUAUCUCUUAAAAUGAUGGUAGAAUGUAAUGGAUAAAAAAGUUAAGCAAUGAAGAGAAAGAAUCAGCAGGAGGGUGGGUCUAGAUCGAAGAGACGAGCAACAGAGGAAAGUAGCGAUGAAGAAGAGGAGCAUUUGCCAGUGGCGAAGGUUGCUAGGCGUGAUGGUCAUAGCAGUGGCCCUAGUCGCGGAGGUGCAGGUAGCAGUGAAGAAGAUGAUGUCAUGGAUAUGUCCCAAAGGCCUGACUUCCCUGUUGACUCAAAAGAGGCAGAUGUUGGCAUUAUUGAAAAGGUUUCACUCAAGAAUUUCAUGUGUCACAAUCGUCUAGAUAUCCCCUUAGGACCAAAUAUCAAUUUUAUUGUUGGUAACAAUGGGAGUGGUAAAAGUGCUGUGGUUACUGCACUAGUUGUUGGUCUGGGGGGCAAGGCUGCUGUCACUAACAGAGGAUCCAAACUGAAAAGCUUUGUCAAAACUGGAAAACAGGUCGCUGAGGUAGAGAUCAAGUUGCGUAAUCGAGGACCAGAUGCCUUCCGUCCUGACCUUUAUGGAGACACUAUAAGUGUGAGACGCAAGUUCAAUGCAGAUGGAAGCACUCAGUACAAACUGGUGUCAAAAAGUGGAAAAGUAAUAUCAACAAAGAAGGAUGAUCUGACAAGAAUAUUGGACCAGUUUAAUAUACAAGUAGAUAAUCCAGUUGCAGUAUUAAACCAGGACACCUCUAGGAAUUUCUUAAAUAGUAAAAGUCCACAGGACAAAUACAAGUUUUUCUUGAAAGCUACGCAGUUAGAGCAAAUUAAGGAAGACUACAGUACAGCAUCUGAUCGUAAGGAAUUGACAAAGGAAAUAAUAGCUGUUAAAAUGCAGACAUUACCAAAACUGGAGAAAGAAGUAUUAGACUGGGAACAGAAAUACAAGUCUCUCACAGCCAUUAAAGAACUAGAGAACAAGACAAAAAGACUGAAAGAGGAGAUGGCAUGGGCACUUGUUAUCGAAAAGGAAAAGGGUAUGACACCAUUGGAGAAAGAAUUCAAGCACGAGGAAGCAAGACUUCCGAGGUUUAAAUCAAAAGCAGACGAGGCCAAGGGUAGUCUAGACACAAUGAAUAAACAGAUGCAAGAGUUGACAGCGAAAUUGAACGUGUCCGGCGAGGAGGUGAAGCAACUACAACCGGCUCACCAGGAAGCUAGAAAUGCCCUGAAUGAACAGAAGAAAAUCACCAGAAAUGCUCAUAUGGAAGUGAAAAGACUUGAAUCAGCACUCAAGAAUCUCAAAAAGGAGAAGCAGUCUAUUGUUGAACGUAUUGCAGAAAUACAAACAAGUUCUCGCCACGAUUAUGAGAAAGAACGUAAAGGAAGGAUGAAGAAGAUAGAAGUACUGGAAGGGAAACUUGCUAGCAUACAAGCCCAGGAAACAACUACAGAUCACCAGCUAGAUCAGUUCAGAAAUGCAAUCCAGAAAUACAAAAAUGAUAGAUUCAAACUGGGUCAAGACCAGCAAGUUAGUCAGACGCAGAUAGAUAAGCAUCAGAAGAAUCUCCAGUCCCUGAGAGCAUCCCAGGGUAACAGACUUAAACGGUUUGGAUCAUUCAUGCCUCAGCUGAUACAGACUGUAGAGGAAUAUGCUCGACUUGGAAGAUUCCAUAAGAAACCAAUCGGUCCAUUAGGGGCCUGUUUUACAUUAGCUGAUCAGAAAUGGGCUUUGGCCGUUGAAUGCUGUCUUAAAGGUCUGAUGAACUCCUUCUGUUGUCAUGACUACCAUGAUGAGAAAGUUCUAGAACAGAUUAUCUCCAAUGUUAGCCCAAACUACAAACCUACCAUAAUAGUCAGCAGAUUCAAGGACAGAGUCUAUGAUGUUUCAGAAAAGCGAGCUGACAAUUCAAAGUUCCGAUCUGUACUAGAUAUGGUAAAAUGUGACCAUCCCAUGGUGUAUAAUACCCUAAUUGAUCAGCGGACUGUAGAGUGUGUAUUAUUGAUAGAAGACGGGAGAUUAGCUAGACAGGUGAUGGACCCUGAUAAGAGGCCAGGUCCUCCCAGGAAUUCUAGAGAGGCAUUUACAGCUCAGGGAGAUCAAGUAUUCAGCUUUCCGACAUUUAGGUAUUACUCCAGUAACCAGGAUAAAGCGAAGUUUCUUACUGCCAAUGUGGAAGAAGAUAUUGCUGCACUAGUCAGUCAGGUGGAAGCCUUGCAGCAAACAUUAGGUCAGAUACGACAGCAGAAGGUCCAGCUCGAUUCCGAGAUUCAGAUCAAUACUAGGGAGGAAAGAAAAGCUGAAACAACACUGAUGAAGAUAAGAGAGGAAAAGAGAAAAUUGUCACUGGAAAUAAGUGAAUUGAAAAACAUUGAAGAUCCAGCACCUGUUGAUGUAGCAACCUAUGAAGAGGAGGUAAAGAUGUUAGAAGAGCAACUUUCCAGCCAUCAACUUCAGUUAGAAAGUAAGACAACAAUACACAAGGAACAAGAACAGUUACAAGAGAACCUGCAGGAGCAGUACAAGCAGAUUGACGUACAGAUCAGAUCAAAGAUUGAUGCCGGAGAUGCUAUCAAGGAGGAAGUAGGAAAUGUGGUGAACGAGAUUGAGACAUGUAAAACAAAUAAGAAACAUUAUGACAGCAAGCUUAAAGAGCAGGAAAAGAAAAUCAAAGAACUGAAAGACAAGCUGGAUAAAUACAAAGUAGAAGUUGAGAGUGAUGUAGAAAAAGCACAGACUAUUCACAGUGAAAGAAUAAAUACCCGCCGAUCACCAUCUAAUCUGAAAAGUGAGAUUCUUCAGAUAGAAAAACAAAUCAAAAAUGAAGAAAGAAGGCGAGGUGAUCCUGAAGAAAUAACAAGACAGUAUAAGGAAAAGAAGGAUUCCUACCUGAAAAUAAAGUGUGAAGUGAAGCAGCUUAGAAAAUUUAUCGAGGAACUCGAAAAAUCACUAAAAAAGCGACAAAAAGCGCACAGGAUUUUGCUUCAGUCCUUAUCGUGGAGGGUUAAAGUGUACUUUAAUGGAGUACUGAAUAGCAAUCCAGCUUUCGAAGGAAAGCUGGAAAUCUCAAAUAAGCAUAAAUUUAUACAUUUAAAUAGGUUGGACAGCAUUCUAGGGAAACGACUCGAGAGUUAUACAGAAUUUCGCCGCAUGAUUGCUGUGAGAGCAAAGUACUUCUUCAUUGUGCUUCUUGCCAAUAGACAGUACACUGGCAAAAUGACAUUUAAUCAUAAAAAUGAAACCCUUGAAAUGACAGUGCAGCCCUCAAAAACUGCUGGCACUGAAGGUGCAAAGGACCUGAGGUCCCUCUCAGGAGGUGAGAGGUCAUUCUCCACCGUCUGCUUUAUCCUUGCUCUCUGGGACGCCAUGGAGUCACCUUUCAGAUGCUUGGACGAGUUUGAUGUGUUCAUGGACAUGGUAAACAGAAGGAUAAGUAUGGAAAUGAUGAUGAAAACUGCUCGCACACAAACAGAGAGGCAGUUCAUAUUCCUGUCUCCACAAAGCAUGAGUAAUCUUGGCAUUGCAUCUACGAAAAUGAUGAAGAUAUUCAAAAUGCCUAAUCCAGAAAGAGGCCAGAAAACCAUAGAGUUCCCGUCAACAAGUGAUGAAUGACAGAGGAAAAAGAGUUAAGUUAGUGACUCCCUGUUGUGAAAAUUAUUUCUGACUGGCUUAAGACAUAAUAUCAGUGAAGGAGAAGUCGUAUAAAACAGUACUCACCACUGCAAACUGCUGCUGACAGUUAUUUUACAAGAGGUGUGUGAGAGGGUACGGAAUAAUCUAUCACCUUAUCCAGGGAAAUGAAGAUAUGAUUACCUCCCUUGUUAGAGACAGAAGAAUACUUUUAAAGUCAGUGAUUUAAGAGUGCAGUUGAAAUUAGUAUUAGUACAGAGCACAAUGUAGUUUUGGAAUGUGAUGAAAGAAAAUUCCUGUGAUAUGUAUAUAUUUGGUUUUAAUUUAGAUUGCAGAAAGUUUGUAUUAGGCCGAGAACUUGCUAACGGAAAUGUGUAUUUAUUAUACCACAUAGAAGUUGUUUGACUUCAGACAGGACGGUUUCUGUUGUACCAAACCAGAUGAGUAUGGUUUGGGUAGAGUAUUAUACUCACUCACUGACUAGUUGGCAAGGAAAGACAACUUGGAUCUGAUUGACGUGUUAUGCAGCGGAAAAACAGAACUUGAAAAUGUAACUUAAAAAUCAUGAAUGUAAACAAGUCCAAAUACAAGGACAACUAUAAAUAUGACAAGGGCAGACUGAUGCUUUUUCUAAAAUUGUAUAGUGAAAAAAUAACUACUGGACUUAAGAAUUCAGCAGCAGGAUACAAAAACUUCUAAUUAGGAAAUAUCAAAUCGAAUCUAUGUUUAUAGUCCCCAUCAUUUUGCAGAACCUACCUACCAGGGAAAAAAAACAAAAAAUUAUCCAUAUAAAAUGAAAUUUAGGUUUUAUAUCUAUGACUUAUUUCUUGACGAAAGCACAGAAGCAAAGAGAUUUAAGGCAUUAAGUUCACAUGAACACUUUACAAUCUAUAUUAACAAGGUAAAUGACUGGAUUUAUAUAUGGAAAAAAUGAGCAUGUAAAUGACUGGAUUUAUAUAUGGAAAAAAAUGAGCAUGUAAAUGACUGGAUUUUUAUAUGGAAAAAAAAAAUGAGCAUGUAAAUGACUGGAUUUAUAUAUGGAAAAAAUGAGCAUGUAAAUGACUGGAUUUAUAUAUGGAAAAAAAUGAGCAUGUAAAUGACUGGAUUUAUAUAUGGAAAAAAAAUGAGCAUGUAAAUGACUGGAUUUAUAUAUGGAAAAAAAUGAGCAUGUAAAUGACUGGAUUUAUAUAUGGGAAAAAAAUGAGCAUGUAAAUGACUGGAUUUAUAUAUGGAAAAAAAUGAGCAUGAUCUUUCUCUGAUUAAUACCAGGUUUAUUCUAAACAAAUAUAUUAUUUAUCAAGUGAAAACUACUUACUUUAAGUUAUUUUAAAUUGAAAGAACACAAAUAUGAUAUCUGAAUGAAUGUUUUCUUUCUUCUAUGACCGUUUAAGCAUUUUGAGAAAUGUUUGAUUCAGAAAGCCCAAAGUUAUUUCUCAUGGUGACACAAAACAUAGGGUUAGGUUUGGUAUUGCCUUUAAAGUUUCCACUGUGUUCACAGUUUGCAUUGAAAUUUAAAAAAUCCAAUUGGAACCAGAUUUGCAAAUAGAAUAGGUUGAUGUAGGCUGCUAAGGUACUGGAGUUUCAUGUUCAGUAGGAAUUCAUUAAUACUGAAUGAAGACAGUGUUUUAAUGGCAAUAUGAUAGCAUGUCUAGACUGGUGUAAAGGAUGUGAUGUUGGUAAUGUUUACUGCUGAAUUAUGGAAAAAGGACUACUUUUUUUCAGGAGUUGUAGGUUAAAAUUUUUGUGGCAAGAAAUGUUGAUGUUUGCUGCAACUAUUUGAUUCUUCAGAUUACACCAACUUGUGUUCAUUUUUGUUUUGUUUUCAUUGUGUGCUAUAUUAUUUGCAUGCUAGCACAUUGUAUUUUAUUUAUAGAAAAUAGAUAGUAGAUCUAUAGGAUUAAAAUGUUUCCAUCUCAA